AUGAGCUCGGGGAAGAGUGGGAGGAGACGAAGGUCGAGCAGCAUCAUCUAUCAUGAACCACCAGAAUCAUUAGAGCAUAUCAGCGACCAGUCCGCUCUGCCAAACCUCAAUUCACAAUGGGUUAAUGCGAAGGGCGCCUGGACCAUCCACUUUGUCCUCAUAGUCGCCCUCAAGAUACUGUUCGACAUCAUACCAGGCUUCACCCAGGAGGUUUCGUGGACACUCACCAACAUCAGCUACAUGUUUGGCUCUUACUUGAUGUUCCACUAUGUCCGAGGAGUGCCGUUCGAGUUCAACGCUGGAGCUUAUGACAACCUGAAUAUGUGGGAGCAGAUCGACAACGGAGACCAAUACACCCCUGCAAAGAAAUUCCUCCUGAGCGUGCCAAUAAUCCUUUUCCUCCUCAGCACACACUAUACGCAUUACGACCUGACGUACUUUACGAUCAACUUCCUGGCGCUGAUGGCGGUGGUGAUCCCCAAACUACCUUGGAGUCAUCGCAUGCGGGUAGGAUUGUUCUCGGGAGGGCCGGACGACCCUUGA